AUGCCUCGACCAACUGUACGCCUGACACUAACAUCUCUAGGUCGUAAUGAUUGGAAAAUUUCAGAUUGUGAAAUGAACAUCAGUGAAGAAGUGGAGGAGUGCGGUUUUUUCGAAGGAUACACGCUGCAGCGAUUCGUCAUAAUCACGUCCUUCUCACUGAUUUCUCUGUUUGGUAUACUGGCAAACACCCUACUUAUGGCCGUGUUCUGGAAGACUUUACCUGCUUCCGUGUAUUUGGCGUGUCUAGCUUCUAUGGAUAUGCUCAUAUGCCUCACAUAUCUUCUUCUGUUCGGAGUGGAUGCCGGAUUUGUUUACCUCAAGGAUAAGACGUUAUUCUUUCUGUAUCAUCGCUACAUCGUUCCGAUAUUCUUCGUCGCAAAAACUGUACAAUUCGCGAUACCAUUUCUGCUCAUUCUCAUAACACUUGAACGAUAUGUUUGGACAACAAAGGAGAAGACGAGACAACUUUUUGCGCCGGUGUUUAACGACAAAGGGCGCUGCAUCACUGUUUCUAUCCUUGUUGGGCUGAGCGCACUCCUCAGAUUGCCGGUUUUAUUCGCAACUGAGGUCAAGCAAUUCCCUCACUGCAAUGACUACUUCCGUAGUGAAUCGGUCUCACCGGCAGAAUGGGCGUCGAACAGUCACGCUUACUACGUGUUCGAUUUUCACGUGAUAACAGCCGUACAAACAUGCUUCCCGUUUUUUGUUCUGCUUAUUCUGAACAUGGUUAUCGUGAGGCGCUUGGUUGCAGAGAAGAAAGAGAAUACUUACACCGGGGUAAAACAUCGCAUGUCAGGAUACGCCCUGCACACGAAUCCUGCACAAAUGCAGUCGACGUUGUCAGAGAACAUAGUUUUACUCGAAGUUGCAGGAGAAGUAAUGAAGGAAACGGUGAUGAAGAGAUCGGAUCGUGGCAAGCGAUCCCAGCUAAGAAAUGCAAUCUACACCAUGCUUGCAAUUGUAAUGUCCUACCUCGUGUGUAACGGAGUUCAUCUUUUCCUCACAUUUCUAGAAAGAACAGGAUCUUCGCUGUUAUACGAUUCAGGAGAUCCGAAUCAGUCCAGCAAUUUCUAUAUUGCACUUUCCGACACGGUCAGUAUCUGCUACAUGGUCUCAUCUGCAAUACGUAUUCUGAUCUACGCUAAGUGCAAUCCAAAGCUCAGACAAGAGAUCAGCGAUUAUCUUCAUGAUAGGAAAAAACUCUCGAUGGAGAAUGACUCUUAG